AGAACCUAGCUCUCUGGACUCUUAUCACUUGAACCUUCUUGAGCUCCAGUGGGCCCCUUUGACAUGGGGUUGUGUCCAUUGGUCUAGAUAAGAGGUAACAAAGGGUGACUUACGAGAGGAGCAGUAAGUGGGGGAGAAGGAUUGCAGGGAAAGAUAACAGAAUUGGAAUGAGUUAGUCCCUGAAUAGAAAAGAGUGGCGAGGGUUGGGGAGGAGGUGCCCACGGAGCUGAGAUGACAGGAAAGGCGGUGCUGACAAAGGAAUAAUACUUGCUAGUGUCCUGUCGUCAGCAGACCAGACUUCACGGAGGGGACUGAACUUGUACGUACCAUGUGCCUGGCACUGUUGUUAAUCACUUUACAAGAACUGAUUCAUUUAUGAUUACUAUUAUCCCCUUUUACAGAAGAGGAAACUGAGGCACAGAGAGGUUAAAUAAUAGUCCCAGGGUCACCUAGCUGGUAAGUGGUGGAGCCAGGAUGCAGACCCGUGAAGUCUGACUCUGGAGCUGGCGUUCUAACCUCUCUACUGUAAGGAGCAAAGGAAGAAAUCGUUUAGAGGACAAGGUGGCAGGUUCACUUGGGGCUGUCUUGGAUUGAGAUGCAUGCAGUGAAGGUGAAGAUGUCUGGCGGUUACAGCGUCAGCCUCAUGGAUGCUCAGACAUUCCUCUGUCAUCUGUGUAGAUAAAAUGGGAAGCGUGUCCGAUAUUUUCCUGAACACGGCUCUCUUCUUGUCUCUUCCUCUCCUGCAUUUAAAAAACUACUUUCCUCCUCUGGAGGAUGCAGCGCUCACAUUGUACGUUCUUCUCAUUUGCUCUGUGUGUCUGUGUACUUGUAAGCAUUUUUCACAGUUCUGAGCCGGGAAUGGACUUUGCCUGGGAGUUUUGUCAUUAAUUGGCAUCCCUUGAAGAAGGAGAGGAGUUACGUUGUAUGUUUUCCAGACUCUGUUAGCAGCCCAAUGGCCUCCCCGAAGAGGAGACUUCAAGGUCUUGUUGCUGCGACCAUCACGCCGAUGACUGAGCACGGAGAAAUCAACUUUUCAGUCAUUGGUCAGUAUGUGGAUUAUCUUGUAGAAGAACAAGGAGUGAAGAAUAUUUUUGUGAAUGGCACGACCGGAGAAGGCCUGUCCCUGAGCAUCUCAGAGCGCUGCCGGGUCGCGGAGGAGUGGGUGACAAGAGGGAGGAACAAGCUGGAUCAGAUAGUAAUUCACGUAGGAGCCUUGAGCUUAAAGGAGUCACAAGAACUGGCCCAACAUGCCGCAAAAAUAGGAGCCGAUGGCAUCGCUGUCAUCGCACCUUUCUUUCUCAAGCCGUGGAACAAAGACAUCCUGGUUAAUUUCCUAAAGGAGGUGGCUGCCGCUGCCCCUGCUUUGCCGUUUUACUACUAUCACAUUCCUGCCUUGACGGGGGUAAAGAUUCGUGCUGAGGAGUUGUUGGAUGGGAUUCAGGAGAAGAUCCCCACCUUCCAAGGGCUGAAAUUCAGUGACACAGAUCUCUUAGACUUCGGGCAGUGUGUCGAUCAGAAUCGCCAGCGACAGUUUGCAUUCCUUUUUGGGGUGGACGAGCAACUGUUGAGUGCUCUGGUGAUGGGAGCAACUGGAGCAGUGGGCAGUACCUAUAACUACCUGGGAAAAAAGACAAACCAGAUGUUGGAGGCUUUUGAACGAAAGGAUUUCUCUUCAGCCCUGAACUAUCAGUUUUGCAUUCAGAGAUUUAUCAACUUUGUGGUCAAACUGGGUUUCGGAGUGUCACAGACCAAAGCCGUCAUGACUCUUGUCUCUGGGAUUCCAAUGGGCCCACCCCGGCUUCCACUACAGAAAGCCUCCAGGGAAUUUACUGAUCAUGCGGAAGCUAAACUGAAAAGCUUGGAUUUCCUUUCUUUCACUGAUUUAAAGGAUGGAAACUUGGAAGCUUGUAGCUAGUGCCUCUCUCUCAAAUCAGGGCGUGUACAUUGAGAUAUAGUUCACCUUGAGGAGUGCGUUCAUUUUCAAGGACUUUUUAGAUGAACUUGAACUAAACUCUCCUAGCAAAUGAAAUCAACAAGUAUUUAAAUAUCUACUGUAGUCCUUUAAAAGUUUUCAUUUAUAAAGGGGCAAAAAUUCUAAAAGGAGUCAUGAGUCCUAAUUCAUUCAAUAUUUCACAAAAUUUUUAUGGAGAAAUGUUUGCUUAUAUGGAUGAGAUGGAAUCAAGAGGAGAAUUGUAAUUGAUUAAUUCCAACUGCCUUUGGGAGCUUCCAUUAUCUUGAUUUCUGGUUCUUAAUCCUAUUUUAAAGUUUUCUUAUUUUGAAUCACUAUAAUGUACUUUCUUUUUAAUAAAUAUUCCUUUGGAAUCUAGGACAACUCUCAGCUGUUGCAUUUAGGCACACUAACUUCAAUGCCAAAUUACAACUUGACUCAACUGGGCACAACUACUAACACAUCAGUUAACUUGGCUGCUCUAUCUAACUCUCGAAUAUCUAUUUUUAGAUUGCUUACAAUGUCAUAGUUUUCUCCCAAAACAUUGGGUUAGGUGAAGACUUGCUUCGUUUACUAUAACUGAAGGGUCCAUUAGGGUGGUUUUCACAUAACAAAGGAAAGGCCUUCCCCAAAGAUGAAUUCAAGUCUCUACCUGUUGCUGUGGAGAACUUCUCAAAGCUCAAAGUUUCACAGGACCAAGGAGCUUUCUUCUCUGGGCACCACAAACUUCCCCUUCCCUCACUGAGAAGAAAGUGUCCUCGGACGGAGCCCUGAAUUAUUGAAAGUGAAAGCCAUCAUCCUUUCUGCAUUGAGCCCAGGGGCCACCGUUAUUUCCCAAUCACAUUUUCAAGCAGUCACUUUCCAGUGAUAAAAGACUUGGGGACAACUCAAAGAUGUCACUUUAGCUUUCUCAAUACACCUUCUUUACCUUUGUCUUUCUCUGAAAUAGAUCACUGCUGCUCUGUCUCCUCUCUGACAAACCCUGCUUUCUAGCAACAAGGUAUAUUGAUGGUCAACCCUUAGUGAUUUUAAACUUGACUAUCCAGUCUGUUAACUACAUAAGAUUUAAUUUUGUUUCCCGUCUAAUUGGUCUGCUCAUUGGCAGAGGGAAAGGAUUUGAAAGUCGUAUCAGUUUACUCUAUUUUUUUUAAUUUUUAAAGUUAAAAAGAACCUUUUUCAAAAUGAAAAUUGGGAGUUAUCAGUGGAUUCAGUCAUCUUGCUAACCACUCUCUUUAAUUGGUCGGGUAGUUAAUAAUUGUUAUGUCUCCUCACUCUUCUUUUGGCCCAGGAAUGACACACUGUUUUCUCAUAUUUCUGUCUCCUUUAGGAUAUCUGAAUUAGAAACUGAAUCACAGUGACCUAUGUGAGCUUGUGUUCUAUCUCACUGAAACUUUUCUCUGCAGCUGUUAAUUUCCUAAAAGAAGAAAACUGAGGUUUUUGUUACAGUCAUUGGUUCUGAGGAUACAAAAGCCAACAUAAUUUUUCAAUGAAGAUAAAUAUUGGAUAUCUGCUAAGCAAAGAA